AUGGCGUCUCGUCUCUUCUCCCGCGCAAGCUCUCUUUGCAGACCCCUUUCUCGUCUGCAACUAACAUCCCAAUUCCAAUCCCAACUUCAGUCCCAAAUCCCCAAACCAAGGACCUACGCAACCAAACCAAUGGCCGAUUCUCUUAUCUCUCUCGCCCAGAACAGGCGUACCAUCUACCAGCUGGGCAAGAGUAGCUCGGUACCAGAUGACAAGAUCGAAGAGCUGGUUAACCAGGCUAUUCUGCAUGUCCCUAGCGCUUUCAAUACUCAGUCCACGCGGCUUGUCCUGCUGCUGCAUGAUCAGCACGAUAGACUUUGGGAUAUCGCCAUUGAAGCUUUCGAAGGUCUCGUUGCUUCAGGCAGGAUUCCCAAGGAGAUUUGGGAGAAGCAGACACUGCCCAAAUUGAAUGGGUUCAAGGGUGCUUAUGGAACGGUUCUUUUCUUCGAGGACCCUUCGCAUAUUCAACCCAUGCAGGAGAAGUUCAAGACUUAUAAGGAUCAGUUCGUGCCUUGGGCUGAGCACUCGAAUGCCAUGCACCAGUACUUCCUCUGGACUGGUCUGGAGGCUCUUGGCUUCGGUGCGAACUUGCAGCACUACAACCCGCUCAUUGACGCCGGUGUUGCGAAGCAGUGGGAUCUGCCCACCGACUGGCGCCUGAUUGCUCAAUUGGUCUUCGGUGCCCCGGAAGCUUCAGCUGGAGAGAAAGUCCAGAAGCCUGCGGAGGAUAGAGUGAAAGUCUUUGGAAAGCUUUGA